UCUCCAACGCCUCUCUCUUGGAGGCUGUUUCUUCAGCGAUCCCCUUGCAGCUCCAGUGGGGGGCUUCGAACGGAGCUUUUCCUCGCUCGAGACGACCGCGUCGCCUCUGAUUCGUCGCCUGUGAUUUUCACGCCUCUUCGGUCCGGAGGUUGCGGCGGGGUGCCUCGUCGUCCCGGCUGGGGAAAUCCGGGAGCGACUCGCCCUCCUUGCGUCGUCGACGGACGGGGCUCGGGAGGCGUGAAUCAAGCUAGCGGCGACUUCGACGUCGAGACAAGAGAAAUUAAGUUCGGCGGCCUUUUCUCACAACUUAGAUUACGGCAUAGCAGUUGGCGGUCUACAUGAAGCCGAAAGCAAAAAUGAAACCGAUGCUGGGCAGAGGUGUCGCGUGCAUUCCGCGGCUGCGGUCAGUGCAGGAACUGACCCUGCUGCUCUCACUCUGCGUCCUGGGCUCGGUUUUCUUAAGCUACCAGCUGGGGUCCAUCAUCAGCGCUGUCGGCAGAGAAAGGCGCUCUACUGGUGGCCCCACCGUCGAUGCCAGGUAUGCGUGUGGCUUCGAUGGAUUGUCCAGCGUCACUCCUGGCGAAGCAUCAUCGGAACAGGAUUACCUCAAGACAAGCGACGUUCUCCUGCAAGCACUAAGAAGCGUUGAAGCGGAUGAUCUGCUCGGCUCCCAAUUCACAAAAGUCGUCCUGGUGGGCGACUCGUCGGACCAGGCACGACGCUACCUGAAGGCGUUCGAAGCGCACGGAGUUCAGACCGAGAUCUACACGCCGGCCAGCAGAGCGGAACAAGCCAAAUGCGACAGCUUGACGCUCUGGAUCUGCCUCGGGUCGUGCGGACAGUUGGGGAGGAAGUGUCCUGCACAAAAGCGAAGGAAGGUGAACCACAUCGAAUUGCUUAGCGAACAGCUGGGAGAGCGAGACGCACUCUGCAACACUCUCAGCACCCUCAGAAGACACAGUGUGGACAAUCUACGGCACUGGUCAGCGCUGCCACUGUGCUUCGUACUGCCGGAGCAGACGCAGCAGCUCACCGACGUGGCCGGCGCCCUGGGGCUAACCCACGCCGAUUCGUCAUCGUCCAGCUGGCUCAUCAAGCCCGUUGGUCCACAGGACAGGCGCAGGCAUCGAGCCAAGCAGGUCUCCACGGCGGCGCUCGCCGACUCGGAUUUGCUCCACAAAACGCUCUCACCACUGCUCGAGCAAGGCCGAGUGGUGGCGCAGCAAACCCUGGUACGGCCAUUGCUGGCAUCAAACGGCCGGUCGGUCCUGGUAAGGGUCUUCGCUCUGGUCACAUCGAUGGUACCGCUACGGGCCUACGUUCACCUGGCGGGAACUGCUUUCCAAGGAACUACUCAGGGCACAUGGACGAGCGACACCAAGAUUCGGAUGAGCGGGAAGUCCAUGCCCCUGAAGCAGCUGUGGCAUCAACUGGACCAAAUGUACGGGAGCUCGAGUGCGGAACAGCUCUGGUCGCAGAUAAAGGGUCAGGUCGCCGCACUGCUGGUAGCUGCCGAGUACGAAAUUCUCUCUCGGAGCACCGCGCUGAACAGUAGCCACAACUUUGGGGGCGCAAUGGGGGGACCGGCCGGCUUCCAACUGUUGAGUUUCGAGUUCACCCUGAACGCCACUCUCCAGCCGUUCCUGUGGAACAUCAACGUGAAGCCACAUUUUCUAGCUUCCCGUAGCGUCGCUAUGGACGCAGUCAAGUCUCAGAUCCUGGUCGACGUGGCCCGCAUUCUGACGACUGGUCGCCAAGUGGCUGCGCAAGUCGCGCAAGCGCUGCGUGCUUCUGAUGCCAGCAUUGGCCUCAUGUGUCAUUUCUGCCGCCUUUCGCAUGACAUCUGCCUCACAGAAAACGACUUAAGCUACUUGCUCAGUCGCGGAGAGAACGACUGUCCAGGGAAUGUUCGUGCAGAUCUACCCAUCGGAAACGGGCACUCAAUUGAACGAACUGCUGUCUUCUCUCGACCAGAAGAUCCAGAAAGAAGCCCUCUCCUCAGCGGCAGCCCAGCAGUCCAGCAGUGUAAGUGCCAAGCUACUAAUCUGUCGGGUUAG